AUGUACCUUAUUGAUUCAUCCGUUCCGAUCGCCUGUGCUGCUGUUACCGACCUCCGCAUCGUCACCGUCUCUGGUCUGCCGUCGCCUUUCGUCGCAAAGACGGCUUCUGUCUCCUCGGCUCUCGUUCCCGGUUCCCUGCUUAACGGUAUCUUGACACUACGGUUCCAAAAAUCGGACCAUCUCGCUUUUUAUCCGGUUGUUCUUCAUUUGAACUUUGUUCACACAAACGCCCUAUAUGAACUCCACAGUACUUCCGGAUAUGUCAGGGAUGGACGUCUUGGGGAUGAACCUCUCAAACCCAAGCUCUCAAUUGACAGCGUCUCACCACGCUCACCCCUAUGCAUCCUCGAUCUCCUCCUCCGCCUCCUCCUCUUCCUCAUCUGUAUUCUCUCUGGAUUGCGUCUCCUCGCAGAGCUCGAUAUCAUCGACAUCGACCAACCCGCGCCCCCCAGUGCGCGCCCUCCGCCAUGUCUGCUACGGCAGUCGGAACGGAAGGUGAACUUCGUCGACAACCUCGUCGACACCGCAUCACAGAUCGUUGAAACCAUCUGGCCCCUUUCCGCCGCGGCGUCCCGCAGUGAUGCCGCGACCGGAUCUAAAGGGGUCCUUCCUCUCCGCACUUUUAUCCAGGAGACACUCCGCCGCUCGCGUACUAGCUACAGUACCUUGCAGGUGGCCUUGUAUUAUUUGAUUAAAGUCAAGCCGCACGUGCCCACGCAUGAUUUCACCAAGGAGCAGCCUCGGGAUCAGUCGUCUUUGCGGGCGAUGCAGUGUGGACGCCGGAUGUUCUUGGCAGCGUUGAUUCUCGCUUCAAAGUAUCUGCAGGAUCGCAACUACUCCGCUCGUGCAUGGAGCAAGAUUUCUGGGCUUAAUACUCUCGAGAUUAACCAGAAUGAGCUUAUGUUCCUCAAGGCUGUCGGAUGGCGCCUGCACAUCGAUGAAGCAACGUUUCAGCGCUGGACUGAUUUGGUCUUGAAGCUGACCCCCGGUGCCGGUGGUCCCCAGGUUACUAAAGGUCAGUGCUGGCAGACUGUCCUACCCAGACUCACCCCUGAAUUGGACCUUGUAGAGUCAGAGCCCAUGACCCCAGUCUCGGCAAUGGGUGGGAUGGAUCUCGGUCUCUCAGAAUACCCUUCGCCUCGCAGUCUGCCAAUCAAUGAGUCUAUGCGCUCCUCGUCGCGCGAACAAACUCCGACUUACGCUCGGAGUCUUCCGCGAACCCUGGAGCCGACUCCGCGCAUGGAUUAUGCCAACUUGGCCAUGCCUAGUAUUCCACGGCCUAUGAUGCUUCCCACGCCUCAGAUGACCCCCCAAUCUCAAGUGUCCGCCACUCCUGCUGCGAGUGUGGCUGCUUAUAACACCCGCCGCCCAUCCAUCUGUACGGCCAUGUCCCAGGCGCAGAAUGCGUGCAUGGCGCGAUCAACACUCGAUCAGCGCCCGCCCCUUUCAUUCUGCCCCCGGACUCAGUCGUUCGAUGGUUACCCGGCUGCGACCCGUCGGUCAUCUUUGGCUCGCUCGACCUCCUCGGCAUCGUCGCCUGACUCGAUGGUUUCGGAUGUCUCUACCUUGUCGUCCCGCUCUUCGCGGUCGUCAUCAGUCUCGUCCAACGCCUCCGGUACUUCUGGCUCAGCGCCAGCCCGUCUGGCUGUUAAGGCUACGUUGCGCUGCACGAGCAAUUCCCUCAAGGAGUCCCGUAAGACUCUGGCUAUCGCCUCUCCGAUUGACGAGAGUUGUCUGGUCGGCGUCUACAGCUCUCCUGAAUAUCCUAGUUCCAUGGGUACUUCGGUCCCAGACCUGUCUAGUUUCUCCCUGGAUUCCAGCCUGAGCGAAGCCGCUCAGAGUCUCUGCGAACUUUCCGGCGCUACGCCCGAACGGCGCCAGUGCCGAAAACGUGGACGUACUGGAUCCGACGAUCUGUUGCUCCAAAACCAUGUGCGUCAUCUGAUCAACCUCGGGACCUCCGGAGAUCACACUGUGUUGCCUGAUGGACAGUUUCCACGCUCGUUCAUGGCGCAACAUGGGUCCUCCAUUACCCCCGUGCAGACUGGCUCAGUCUCUGGACCAGCAGGCAUGAAACGCGCCUGCUGUGGCAGCGAAGCACGCAAGAUCGCGUUGAACCCAAGCCUCCGUGUUGCGGAGUACUUGAAUUGA